AUGUUCCCGAAUUAUCAGCAUUCGGUAGCUGAGGUGUAUACUAUCGCUGCAAAGCACGUACUCGAACAGUCUGAAAGCAUGCUCUUCUUCACGUGUGUAGAGGGAGAAGACUUCCAAACUCGUAACUAUGGUCUGCCAUCUUGGGUUCCCGACUGGUCGAUAGCGAAGUUCACCGGACUCCGUGUGACUGGCUAUAGGCAUUUCAAUGCUGCAGAACAGCGACUGCCAACGUAUUCAAUUUCUCAUGACAUGAGAAUGUUGAGCAUAGAGGCAGUAAAGGUGGAUGACAUUGUGGAGAUUUGUGAAGAGAAGAACAUGUUGCGCGCGAACUUGCAGUCUUCGACAAUGUGGAAGCUACUCUCGAUGCUCGACUCAACUUACAGCACCGGACAUGGUACUCAAACUCGUGAGGAGUUGGGUACUUUGGCGGUAUGCUCUGGCAACUGGAGCACCGACAGCCUUCCCAGUGCCUUCUGCCACAGACAGUAUACUACGCAGGAUGAACUCGAGAAAGCACGUCUGAGAGCCAAAUCCGACCCUGCAUAUCUUGCAAACUUAGCACACAAAGCCUCUCUUUACGACCUUCACUUCUCACACGCCAUGCUCCCACGACCGUUUCGCACAAGGCGAGGGUACUUUGGUAUUGGGACACAAUGCUUGCGCAAAGGAGACUGUGUUUGGAUUGUAUCUGGAUGUCGUGUACCUAUCAUUCUCCGUCGCAUCGAUGGCAGCAAGCGCUUUCGACUCGUCGGCGGUUCUUAUACACAUGGCUUGAUGGAUGGGGAGGGCCUGAAUCAACCAGGUGCUGAGUUCGAAAUGGUGAGCCUCGAGUAGGAAGCUGCCUCUUGCAAACAGCAAUCGCGACGCUCAGAUGCAGUCAAGAAGACAGGUGCUAUCUUCAGGGUCAGAUAUGACCCCGUGUGCCCUUGCAAAUCCGUCCAAUAAGGGAUCGAAUGUUCGAACAAGGCUGCAUUCUCUCAGGGCCACAUGGCAUCUAGGGGAGCCACUACUUUGCUGUGUUGUAAACACUACCGUUUGUCUGCACAAACACACAUCCUGCAUGCGUUCGCAAUCGCAGGUCACCCUCCCGAGUAACGUAUCGCGAUCGUCGAGCGAGGUGUCGCAAGGCUUGCCAGGCCUGUGGUCAUCAAACACGCAAAUAUGACGCCAAGACUGCUGCCUGGACAUAUACGGUUGUGCAUCAAGUCUGCAUCAGCCGUCAAAUGCAGCGCUUGAUAUCGAACAGAAGCAAGACAGUGGUCGGAAGCCCCG